AUGGCUAAUGAUGUCCUCUAUCAUCAUGUAGCUGAGAUCAUUAAAAGUGUACUGGCGAAGGAACAAAGUCUUCGUAAUGCUGUUUACAGUAAUAAUUACAAGGUUGGUGUACCAUUCGAUUUGUCAACGUCUUGGGCAGAGGUUUUGAGCUUUUCAUUUAUUGCCAUGUAUUUGACAGAUGAGAGUCGUGUGUGGGAGCACAACGCAUGGGACAAUGUGGACUGGAGUGAGGAAAUGAAGAAGGAUGCUCAUCGCGUCAUUGAGACUCAGAAACAGCAAGCUGUUGACAUUUCAAAGGCAGAAGAGUUGAUAGGGAAUCCUGAGAAGCAGUGGGAUGCGUUCUACUCCCAGCAUAGUAACAAUUUCUUCAAAGAUCGUCGAUGGCUACUGAAAGAAUUCCCAGAAUUGGACAUGAAAAACUAUGCAGAGGGAUCUAAUGUUCGCGUUCUCGAGGUCGGAUGCGGUGUAGGCAACUCUUCAUUCCCGCUAUUGGAAUGGGAUGAGCAUCGAAGAAUGACUCUGUACAGCUGCGACUAUUCUGACGUGGCAGUAAAAGUGUUGAAAGAGCACGAGAAAUACGACCGAUCAAGAAUGUGUGGAUUCGUUUGGGACAUCACAGAAGAACCACCAGAGGAUGCCCCGGCAAAGGAAUCUUUAGACUUUGUUGUCUGCAUAUACGUGUUAUCGGCGAUACAUCCUUCAAAAGUUCGACAAGCUAUCGAUAAUCUUGUAAGCCUACUAAAGCCAGGAGGAAUGCUGUUACUCAAGGAUUAUGGGCGAUUUGAUCUCACUCAACUCCGAUUUAAGAAGCAUCGAUAUAUUGAUGAGAAUCUGUACUGUCGAGGUGAUGGUACACUCGUGUACUUCUUCAGCAAUGACGAAUUGGACGCGCUUCUUCGGUCUGCAGGACUUGUCCAGAAGGCAAACUUUGUUGAUAGACGACUGAUUGUCAAUCGUGCAAAGCAUGUGAAGAUGUAUAGGCAGUGGUUGCAAAACAAGAAGGCGCUGCUAAGAUUGAGUUGCGAAACUUUACGAUUUCGAGCACUGUUUGACGAAAUAUUGAAUGAUCCUGUGCUUGGCCAAAUUACUUCCGAUCCUGAACUGAAUGGAAAUAUUAAUCUAGCCUACGUUCUACUUUAUGAGUUCCUAGCUGGAGCUGGUUUAGGAAGGGCGUCACCACGGCUACGAGGCGCAAUUUACAAACAUACGAAAGCUAUACAUGAUAGGGAAAAAUUGCUAGCAGAAGGCGGACGAGGUGUAGCAGCAAUCAAGGAAGAGGGCGAUUCAAGCGAAUCAGCGGUGUUUAUUCCACGCUAUGCCCGCAUCAACACUCUAAAAUGGACUGUAGAAGAAGCCGUGGAGCGACUCAAGUACGAGGAUUGGAGGGUUAGUUGUUGUUAA